AUGGAGGAAGAGCUGAAGUGCCCCGUGUGCGGCUCCCUGUUUCGGGAGCCCAUCAUCUUGCCCUGCUCGCACAACGUCUGCCUUCCUUGCGCUCGUACCAUCGCCGUGCAGACCCCGGAAGGCGAGCCGCACCUGCCUCAGCCGCUCCUGCACUCCCGGGGCUCGGGGCCGCCCCCUCCGGACCACGACGCGGCCCAACUGUCCCAGGCCUUGAAUGGAGUUUCCGACAAGGCAAAAGAAGCAAAGGAGUUUCUGGUUCAGCUGAAGAACAUUCUGCAGCAGGUCCAGGAAAACGGACUGGACUACGAAGCCUGCCUCGUUGCUCAGUGUGACGCGCUGGUUGAUGCUUUAACUCGGCAGAAAGCCAAGCUGCUCACCAAGGUCACCAAGGAGAGAGAGCACAAGCUGAAGAUGGUUUGGGACCAGAUCAAUCACUGCACACUGAAGCUGCGGCAGUCAACGGGGCUGAUGGAGUACUGCCUAGAGGUGAUCAAGGAGAAUGACCCCUCUGGGUUCCUACAGAUCUCGGACGCUCUGAUCAAGCGUGUCCAGGUGUCUCAGGAGCAGUGGGUCAAAGGCGCCCUGGAGCCAAAAGUGUCCGCAGAAUUUGACCUGACUUUGGACAGUGAGCCGCUGCUGCAAGCCAUCCACCAGCUGGACUUCAUCCAGAUGAAAUCGGUUCCCGUUCCUGUCACAGUGCCGCCUGGCCCGCUGCUGCAGCUGGAGAAGUGUUGCACCCACAACAACAGUGUCACGCUGGCCUGGAGGAUGCCGCCCUUCACCCACAGCCCCGUGGAUGGCUACAUCCUGGAGCUGGAUGAUGGCGACGGGGGCCAGUUCCGGGAAGUGUAUGUGGGCAAGGAGACCCUGUGCACCAUCGAUGGUCUUCAUUUCAACAGCACCUACAAUGCCAGAGUCAAGGCUUUCAACUCCUCUGGCGUCGGGCCUUAUAGUAAAACCGUCGUCCUGCAGACAUCUGAUGUGGCCUGGUUCACAUUUGACCCCAACUCUGGGCACCGGGACAUCAUCUUAUCCAAUGACAACCAGACGGCCACCUGUAGCAGCUACGACGACCGUGUGGUGCUGGGCACAGCGGCAUUCUCCAAGGGUGUGCACUACUGGGAGCUGCACGUGGACCGGUACGACAACCACCCAGAUCCCGCCUUCGGGGUGGCCAGAGCCAGCGUGGUCAAGGACAUGAUGCUGGGCAAGGACGACAAGGCCUGGGCCAUGUACGUGGACAACAACCGCAGCUGGUUCAUGCACUGCAACUCCCACACCAACAGGACGGAAGGUGGUGUGUGCAAGGGGGCCACUGUUGGCGUGCUCCUGGACCUGAAUAAGCACACUCUGACCUUCUUCAUCAACGGGCAGCAGCAGGGCCCCACAGCCUUCAGCCACGUGGACGGGGUCUUCAUGCCAGCCCUCAGCCUCAACCGCAACGUGCAGGUCACCCUGCACACAGGAUUGGAAGUCCCCACAAACCUGGGGCGGCCAAAGCUGUCAGGCAACUAGCCUCCCGGCCCCAGCUGGUCACCGGCGUCUGGGAAAAGCCCGACAUCCCUCGCUGAGGUCAAAGGGCCCACGAGGGCAGGACUAACACAUGGGGGGUGCAGCCCAGCAGCCGCUGGGCAUCUUAGAGACGUGAUUUCUUUGGGGGAUGAGAAUAGGUGUGCAGGCCAUGCUGGCUGAGGCUGCUGCUUCACAGCAGCCCCUGGUCGGUGGUGAAGCUGGGUGCUUCUCUCAUCCCUCCUGGACGUUAUAAAUGCUCACAAAGAAGGAACCUUUCUCAAGGGAGAAAGCAUCCGCGGUUUACGAUUAUGUUUCCUGCCAUCUGUUUU